UUGAGAAGGAAAUCCUUGUUAACACAAGAAUGGGGUGAGUAAAAAUGAUGGAGGAAGUGGGGUAUUUAUAGGAGUAAAAUUGGAAGAAAUAAAAAAAAUUCAAAUUUCAAAUUCGGCCGGUUUACUGCCUGAACCGACGGUUCAGUCCACGGUUUCUGAUGGAAACCGGCGGUUUCUGGCCCGAAACCGGCGGUUUCUGGCCGGUUUUCAGGCCUAUACACUGCCACCUACGCUCUGCCACCUGAAAAAGCACCGGACCCGUCGGAAACCAGCGGUUUUCGUCAGAAACCGCCGGUUUUUCUACACACCUCGCCUGCAACCCUACGCCGGAAUCUGCCCGUUGGGACCGUUGAACCGCCGGUUACGGUUCGUCAUAUUCCCGAACCUGAACCGGCCCGCUUGAACCGCCGAACCGCCAGCCAGUUCCGGUUCCGGUUCAUGAACCGGCAGUUCCGAACCGCUGGUUAACCGCCGGGCCGGUUCGGUUUGUGCAUGCUUAGCAGGUACAUUUCAAUUUUCAACAACCCCUUCCCUUCCCUUUCUACUCAUUCUUUACUUUUAUUUAGCAGUGAUUUAGUAUAUUCAAAUGCAUACGCCUGCAAUUCUUUAAUUGAGUUCUUCAGAUUGAUCGACCAUAAUUUCGCCUUCAUUUACUUGAUUUUCCCUCAUAUAAAUAAGACGUACACAUGACACAUGCAUGUAUAAUCUAUUUCUCUUUCUGAACAUUGGAUGCAGGCCUGCUAUUGCUCUGUGCUAUCCCCUGUAAGUUCUGUCAUUCUGAAAUGUAGAAUUGGGAUCAUUAGAUGAUUAAUAAGUUUUAGUGCUUGAUUUCUUUUUUCAGGCUUGCUUCAAUCUGGGCAGUUGAGACUGGUUCUAGAUAUCACAUGAGGAAGAUGGUCGAAUAUUGGACACUUUUCUCAUUGUUUUCUCUCUCACAUGGAACCAGUUUCUGCUGCUUGUGACCUGAAAGCAACAUAUGCACCUUCUGAGGCUGAAGAAAUAAUGCCCCCAAAAGAAACUGCUAGAAAACCCCCUCAAGAAAGCUCAUCAGCCAGAAUGGACCGGUGAUGUAUGCAAGGUUACUACUGAGAGUGAGUCAAUGUCGAAUGAUCAUACUCAAGGGAGCCAACAUAAGUCCAAGCUUGGGACUACCUUGAAAGCAAGCUUGCUCGAAGCAAAAGAUACAGGACCCUCAUCUUUGGUAACUUGUGAAUCACAACGCACCAAUAUAUAUUGAUUUUUCUUGUGUGCUCAAGUAUUCUUUUUAACAUUGCUGCUAAGAAACUGAGCAGCAGUCCCUUAUUGUGCCUUUAUGCACUUCAUGGCAGGCACAGGAAAAUUCAUCUUUACCGGCUGGUUUAACUUCUUUAACCACCUUUCACCUUUGCUGAUUUUACUAAUUACUCUUCCUGAUUUCUUACAUUUGUUCAAGUCCACUGAAAACCAUUGAGCAAGAUUAUUUUGUCAUUUCUAUCUGCAGCAGCAGGUGCAGCACAUUGCAGCCCAUGUUGUUUGAUUUUCUUCAAGAGAGCAAUCAAAAGUCCAAGCUGGAGACAACCCAGGAAGCAAGCUAUUUUGAUUUUGUUUGCGCAAGUAUUGAUUUUAAAAAAUGAUGCUUUUAUUAGUGGUUAUUUUAGGAUCUUAAAUCUGAGAAACUGAACAGCAUUCAUAAUUGAUUGUUACAUGAUUGAAUAUUUUUCUGCUUAUUACUAGGAUUUCCACAAUCGUACCUUAGGAUGUUCCAAGGUUCUAAUUCAUCUUAGUAAACAAUAUACUCCACUAUUUAGUGUAUACUAUUUUUAUCUAUCUAGGCUAAUCCCCAAAGGUCUUCAUAGCUGUCGCAGGCUUCUGUCAAUCUCCUCAUCUUUGCAAAUCAGAGUAAUUUCUUUUACAACCUGUGUGCUGAUCUCAGCAAACACUUUUUUUUCCUUUCAGUCGUUAUGUUUGUUCAAAGUAAAGAAUGCUGAGCAAAAAUGGACCUGUGAUCUAUGCAACGUGACAACCUCUAGUGAGAUAACAUUAAACAGUCAUCUUCAGGGGAGAAAACACAUGGCCAAGUACCAUGGAACAAAACUUGUUUGAACUUGAAAAGCUUACUGUAAGCAAGACUGGACAUGUAGAUUGCAGAUAUUCUCACAGAGAUGUCCAAGUUGUAGAAUCAGAGCAUGUUCAGUUGAAUGCUCAUCUUCUGGGAAGAAAACACAAGUCCAAGCUUGAAAUACUGACAACAAGGAAGGGAGAACUUGUUAUUUUACAGGUUGAUGGGAAGUUUAAAUACUGGUGCAUUUUAUGUGCUGCAAAGCUACCUAAUGAUUUAUCUUUGGCCUGUCACGUCGGAGGGAAACGGCAUGCCUCCAACAUCGAUGAUAAACAGACAUUUAGGCUUUCAGAAGCAAAAAUAUGGACAUCCAUUAUUGAAUUCAAUAGUGAUGAAAGAUUGUAGGACCUAUCUUUCCUACUAUGGAUUGAAAUAUUGGAAUGGAAUGAAUGUGAUGAUGUGAAACAAGAAACGUGUGUCAAAUAUCAUAACACAGCA